AUGAGAGUCUGGUACUCGCAGGCACUGGAGGUGAGCACGGGGAAGGUCCAUUUCAUAGAAGUGAUGAAUGGAAGUUCAGUGUUGUUACCUUGCACUUACGCCAGCUGCAUCGGCAUUAAAAACCUUUACUUCAGCUGGCAGUUCAAGGACAAUGGGACACUAAUUAAGCUGUGUGAAGCCGAUCCAGCAGAAGGAAUAGAGCCUAAUGUGAAAAUCUACCAUGAGCGGGUAGAGUUUGUGGGCACCAGCAAGAAAAGUAAUAUCUCCAUCCUACUGCAUAAUGUCACAUUCGAGGACCAGGGAGAAUAUAUCUGCUUUGCCCGCAACCCCAAAGAGAAGGACCGCAACCAUAGUGCAGUAUUCACUCUUUAUGUGGUAGACGAGUUGAGAGUGGUGGACAACACACUGACCCUCAUAAUUGUGUCUGUGCUCGGUGGGGUCAUCGGUCUCAUCAUCCUCAUCAUGGUGGUGAAAGCUGUAGUUAUUGCUGUUCUAAACAGGGUCCAGGAGAAGAAUAAAGAGUGCCUUGUGAGCUCUUCAGGGAACGACAAUACAGAAAAUGGCCUCCCAGGAUCCAAAGCAGACAGCAAACCAACACCAAAGGCAUGAGAGGAGCAUGUGUGUGUACAUAUAUGAGCAUAUGUAUACAUGCAUUCACAAUUAUAACAAAUUGAAGGAAAGUUGUAACAAUGGACAGUUUUAUUCUUUUUAUCUCAUAAGGAAAAAAAUGCUACAUAUAAAUAUGUGAAAAUAUAUAUGAACUAUAUUUUAGAUUGUGCUUGAAAAAUACAACAUGCUGCUGGCUGGAUCACACACCCUUCACUAAACUGGAAGAUUAGUAUUUCUAAAAUGGAAGAAAAAAAAAUUAUUUUCAUGGUUCGGUGUGCUUGCAUUCUGCUCUCUCUUGCCUGUGAGACACAGCACACGCACACUGCCUUCUUCACAAACUGCCAUAUCCUUUUAAUGCUCGACAGCACAAGACCCACAAAACAAAAGGUUUGCGAUAAACUUCUCCAGUGCAACUUUAACACAUCUUCACACUGCAUUCCAAAUGACCCUUGGUGGAAGUCAGUAACAAAACAGACUUUACGAAAAUAAAGAAUUUACACAUUAAACCAUGGGUGCCUCUUAAAAUUGGAAUAUGUUUACCACUGAUUCAAGCAGCUAACUGAGUCUAUUAACCAGUCCCACUAAUUUUACAAGUGAUUUUAAGGUCAUAAAGAGCAGGAUGUGAGCGCACACAAAGGCCAGAAACACACUCUACGUAACAGCACCCCCCUGUAUACAGUAAAUGCUGAGAAUGCAACAAAAAAUAGAGGUUGCGUAGAGUAUUUUUCAUGCCUAAGGGUAUUUUGUAAAGGAUCUGAAAGAACUUUUUUUUUCACAGAGACGCAGAUAAAGGGUGUAUUUCCAGGAUCCAGCUGAGCACGGUUUAUUAUUUCAUUUUCAUUUUCCUGCUUUAGAUAAAACACAGGUGCCUGUAAACGCUUCAAGCUCCACAUGCUUCCCAGGAGCUUUCAAAUGCUAUAUAAAUUAAUUAAUGCUCACAUUAAAAAGGCAAAAAGACAAAAAAAAAAAUCCCUAGGAAAUAAACACCCUAAAAUAUAACGACAAUCCCCAGAAACCAACUCCCUGUAGAAAAAGAAUGUUUUUUUUUUUUUCUGAUGCUGCUUUCAACAAAAAUAACCAAUAACUUUCCUAAUGCAUGUGAACGAUUUUAUACAGCACAUCUAGUGUACUAUGUAUCCAUUUCUCUGAAUCGUGUUCUCCUGUCUUUCCUCAUGUGAUCUAUACAUGAUUGCUCGUCGUAUACAAUGUCACCCAUGCUAGUUCAUGUACGCAUCCGAUAUACCGGCAUGAUGAGCCAUCAUAGUUCAGCUUAUGCUAUUAUAAACACUCCACAUUGCCACCAUUACUGCUAACUGCUAUUUGAAGGCCAUUUUGGCAUCUGUACUAGCAAGCUAGCAACUUCUGUGUGCUAAAUUACACCAGUCUUCACAGAUGCUACGUUAAGACUAUUGUUUUCAUAUCACAAGA